CUCUCUCUCUCUCUCUCUCUCCCUCCCCUCUCCGUCCUUUUCUUCCCCAAGAAUAGCCUGCCCCUCUCUUUCCUCCCUACUUCAUCUCGUGUCCUCGCACCUUUUGGCGAACGGGCGCUCGCCGGCCACUCGGGACCCUUCCCCCCUCUUCCUUUGCCGAUAAAGAGCCAUGCCCUGCCCGACGCCGCCGCUGGCGGCCACCUUGGCCUCGUGGCUGACCACCCCUCGGCAUGAUGUCGGCCUGGUGCAUGUGGCGCACUCGUCCUACUCGUCGCGCAUGCAGCGAGCCUUCGGGCAGUUGGCCUUCGACGCGCAGCAGCGCCUCUCCGGCACCGGAUCGGCCGCGUCCCCCCCUUCGCCAUCGGGCGCCUCCUCCGGGGGGGACAGUCGUGCCAGCAGCCCCGGGGUCCUGUCGCCAGGACGCUCGGCCUCCUCCUUCAGCAGCACCAUCAUCGGGUCGCUUUUCUCCUCCCGUGACAAGGGCAGCUCCGCUGCUUCCACGACCGCCGCCGCCGCUGCCGAUCCCUCCGGCUUCCCCAAUCAUGUUCCCCAGACGCCCCCCCUGUCGCGCCGCGAGUCGGCCACAUACUACAGCAUGCAGCCCUCACGGUCGACCGGUGACGCCAAUCCCGGCUCGAUGGCAAGCGCCACCACCGUUGUCCCCUCCGGCAGCACCCUCAUCCCGGGCAUUGGCAUCGGGGAGAAUGGCAUCAUUGUGGCCACGGCCAGUCGGCGUGGGCACAUCUGGCUCUGGCGCCCGGAUGAGUCAAACAACCUGGUGCCCAAGGCCCUGCUCCUCGGUCACUUUGCCCCGAUCACCGCCCUGGCCGAUGUGUCCUGCGGGCCGCUCGAUUCCUUCGGCUUCCGCCUGACUCCGAUGCUGGCCAGUGUCGAUGAAGAUGGUGUCUUGAUGAUCUGGUCGUUGCAUGAUGGCCGCUGCCUGAAUGCCUCCCGUCGCGGCCUGCUCGAUGGCUGUCCCAAGACUCUGGCUCUGCUGCCCUGCUUGAACAUCCGCCCAUCCAGCCGGACUGGCCUCCUCUCCUCCAAGGACACGCUCCCGCGCUAUGCCCUGGUGUCCGGCCGGUCACGGGUCUCCACCCUGGUGGACCUGCUCGGCGGGCACACCCCUCGCUCGGGCAGUCUCACCCGGAGCUACAUGCGCGUGGUCGCGCACCUGAGCCUCACUGAUGCCGACCAGUGGGUGGACUUCACUCUGUACCACCAAUUUGAGGUGUUUGUUUUUGCCUUCGACGGUUCCUUGCGCGUGUUCACCCUGGCGUCGCUGCUGCCGCCGUAUCCGGACCGCGAGGUGGCCGCCCCGGCGCCGUCCAGUCGACGGGCCACCUCCAGCCAAUUCGUCCAGUCGGUCCUCAACCAGGCCGGGCAGACCCUGCAUCUGGGCCGGUCCGGCGCUUCACGCGACUCGGCCGGUGGAUCGCAUGUCGUCGCGCAAACCGGGCUCCCGGUGCCGAACGACCCCUCCAGUGGCUCCUUCACGGCACAGCUGAUGUCACGCUUCCAGGAGCAGCCGCUGCUGCACCGGCCGCGCCCGGCGCGUGCCAACCCGACUGCUCGGCUGACACAGACGGUCUCGGCCUGCCUGUCCCCCUGCGACGGCUUCCUGCUGGUGGUCGGUCGCCAGCAUGUGUCGCUCCUGUCGCGUUCCUCGCUGGAUGUCAUCCACCGCGAUCGCUGCCCCUCGGCCCUGGGCUGGCAUUCCGGGGAGUUCCUCCUUCUGGACUACGACCAGGUGGAGCCUGACGCCGAUGCCUCGGCCGAAGCGCCAGGUCUCUCCAAGAAGGCCCUGCUCACGCGCCUCCAUGUGUCUCUCUCUUGCCGGAGUGGCAGCAACUACAUCUUCCGUUACGAUGUCUACUGCGACCCGGCCACCGGGUUCCUAUCCAGUCGUUCCUUCCAGCUCGGUGCUCUGGUGCCCGAGGCGGCCGCCCUCAAUCCGGACACGGCUCUCAUCAGCCCGGGGGCCAAUCGCGCGCGCGUGCGCCGGACCUUGGUCCCCUCCAUGUCCCUCGGCCCGACCAGCUGCAUCCUGCGCGUUCCCACUUCCGGCGGGCCGGCCCCCGGGGCUCCUCCCUUCGAGGAGCUGCUGUUCAGCUUCGCCCGCGAGGGCGGGUCCAGCCAUGUCCGAUCCUGGUCCGUGGGAGCGGCCCUGCACGCCCUGGCGGCCAUGCCAUCUUCCAAGCGCCGUGCCGUGCCGCCGGCCCUCUCCAUCCGGGCAGAGGACAUUUGGGAGCCCGCCUUCCGGGCCAAUGCGCCGGCCCUCUGCCCGGCGCAGCAUGUGGACCCCGCCGCCUCGGCAGCCUGCCUGCUGGUCCCCUCCCGGCCGUCGGCCAUUUGUCUGGUGCAGGGGCGCUUUCUGGCCCAGGGAUUCCCGGAUGGGCGGAUUCGCAUCCUGCCCGUCGGAGACUUUGGCCUGAUUGCGGCGACGUCGGUCUCCUCGGCCGGGGUCGCCGGGUCCGGCUGCGGGUGCACCCCCGGCGAUGAGGAUGCCCAUGAGUGCCCGGCCGGCGGGGCUGGCUUCUGGCUGGAGCCUGGCCACCCCGGGUCGCGCAUUACCACCAUGCUGGAUCCCACCCCCUCGCUGGUGGAAUCGGACUCCUCCUCGGUGACGCUCAAGUGCUACCUGGUGUCCGGCUCGGCGGACGGCAUGGUCCGCGUCUGGAACCUCAAGACCCGGCAAUUGCUGGCCACCUUCCUCUGCCACUCGGGCCCGAUCACGGCGCUGCUGAUCCCGCCGCCCAUCCCCAGCACCGUGACAAGCAUGGUGGGCGGUGUGGUGGGCGGGUCCGGUGGGAUCCCCCUCCGGCGGUGCAUCAUCUCCGUCGGGGCCGACCACUCGGUGGCCAUCCUCUCCAUGGCCGGUCUUCAGUGCGUCCACAUGUUUGGCGGCCACCCGCACCCGAUCACCUCGCUCAUUUGCGACGGCGAGCGUCUCUUUGUCUCGUGCGGCACGCUCUUCUCGUCGCCAGUCGGGUCGGCCUCGUCGUUGAUGGCUGUCACCACCACCCUCGGCCGGGAUGCCCUCUUUUCCUCGACCUCCUCCAUGAGCGACAACUUCUCGGUGGUCGCGUCCAUGGCCCGCAGCCCGCAGUGUGUCUAUGUGUGGCAUCUGGCCACCGGGUAUUUGGAGCGCGUGGCCGAGGGCCCACGCGCGCUGGUCAUCCUCAAGGGGGUGACCGAGCGCCUGGCGGCCUUCGCCCAAAUUGAACGCCAGCAGGCGCUCGACCGGCAGGCCGGCGACCUGGCGGCAUCCGAUGGCAAGGACCCCUCGGGCGCGGGGCGGCGGCGGUCGAGCGCGGCGGCGGCGGCGGCGACGGCCGUGGCGGCCGUGGCCGUCGGGGCCACCUCCGCCGAGACGCGCCUGCUCCAAAGCUCCAAGGCCAGCACGCAGAUGAUGGCCGAGGUGUCCGAAUCGCAGAUGAGCCUCUCGGCCGAGACCGGGGCCGGGCCGGACCGUGGGGACUCUCGGAACGCGGCGGGCCGCGCUCUGUAUGACACGCUGGUUCCCAUGGCCGCCGGGCCGUCGGUGCGUGCAUCCGGCUCCGGCCCGCGGAGCCCGCUGAUCGGCGCGGCGGCCCGGGCCGCAGGCGCGGCGGCCCCCAGCCGGGCCAUCCUCCCGGCCCAGCCCAGCCCGCUGCUCUUCCAGCAUGUGCCGGUCAUGAAUUCCGGUGCCAAUGGCGACCCUUGCAUCGAGCUGCUGCUGGUCACCUCGCUGCGCAUGCUUGUCGGCACGCUGGAGGGGCUGGUCCAACAGUACUCGGUCAUGGCGGCGGCCACGGCGACGAUGGUCGACGCAUCGGCCGCCGGGUCUCCGGCGCGGCAAUUUGUCAGCCGUGGUCUGUUGGCCCGGCCGGUUCUUGCGCCGCGUCAUCCCGCCGCCGGGGCAGCCCCCUCGAUGGAUCGCCUGGCGGGGGGCGGCCUGGCCGACGCAUCGCAGGCUCUCUCCGAGCCCGAGGCCUCGGCCUCGCCCUCGGCCGCCCUGAUGGCCGGCCAGCAUCCGCAAGGCCAGCAGUUCGCCGUGUCCAGCCCGGCACUUCGAGCCCGGUCCGUGACCCUGACGAUGGCCAACGCCCCGGGCGCCGCUGCCACUGGCCCGAGCGCCGGCGACACCUCGACCCCGGGGGACCCCCUCCCUCGGAGCCUCCACCAACUGUUCUCCCCGUCGCGGUCGGCCUCCAGCAGCUCGGCCACCGACUCCGGGCUCGGGGCCUCGCCGCUGGUGGACCUUUCGGCGGGCAGCCGUUCGCCCGACCUCGGUCUGCUGAUGCUCGGGGAGACGGCGUCCCCGGGCCCGGCCACCGCCGGCAUCGGGGCUACCCGCUGCGCGCACUGCGUCGCCGUGGAGUCCGGCAUGCGGCGGCCCCCAUCCGGGUCCAUUCUCAGCGAUGAUGAGGCCCCCACCACCAGCCGUGGCCGCCCGGGGGCCGGACCGGUCCCCCCAGCCGGGCAGGUGACCCUUGCGCCAGCGAGCAUGGGCGACUUCGGCCCCUUCGAGGUGGCGCCGGGGACGUCGGCAGCAAGCGCCGCCGCCGCCGCGAGCGUUCCUGUUGCCGGUGGCGGCGGCGUCCCGGUCGCCGCAUCGUCCCCCUUGGCUCCGGCUGAUGAGGCCCCCCUCUGCAGCUCCUGCGGUCAGCCGCUGGAUCUGGUCGGCGAGUCGGAGUCCCCGCUGAACACCGACGAUGAGGAUGCCGGUGGAGCGCCCCGGCGCCGUCGUGGCACCGGCCGGUCGACCAAGCCGGCCGACGGGGCAGCCGCCAUCGCGGUCCCGAGUCCCAGCCUGGCGGGCGCCUCCGCGGCCAGCCUGUCGCCGUCGCUCUCUGGGGCCCUGUCAGCCCUGCCUUCGCACUUGGCGUCGCCGACCCCGUCGGCCGCCACCUCGACCGACCUGUCGGCCGGACUGACGGCCAUCGGGGCCGGCGCGGCACUCGACAUGCCGGACAUCUCGGCCACCCCGAGCAGCGCCUCGAUCGCCGGGGCCGCGGGCUCCAUGCCGGGUGCCGCCGCCGCCGCCGCCGCCGCCGCCGCCGCCUCUCGACAGACGGUGCCGCCUCUGCUGCCGGAGCUGAGCGAGCGCGAUCGCAGCCUGGUCACCCUGGCGCGAACCUUCCUCAGUGCCCUGCACGCGUGGGAUCUGGUGCCGCUGGUCUUCCCGAACUUCGAGUCCGGCUACGGGGUGGAAACCCUCGGCCCGGCCGAGGCGGCCCUCUCCCCCCGGGCGGACCUGAUCCAGUGGGUGGCCGAUUCGGUGCUCGGCCUGACGCGCAUCCCCGACUGCCUGACCUGGGCCAUCCGCAGCAUCAACGGCACGGCCACCAUCUUUGCGCCGAAUGCCCUUGGUGGGCCGGCCACGGCGAUGGCCACCGCCCCGGCGGCCCCCCUCACCCGGCAGCAGAUCAUCACCCAAUCCGGGUGGGCGCUGUCGCCCUUUGUCACGGCCCACCGGCUGCUGAGCAUCGUCUCGGUGCUGAAUGUCCUGUCGAGCAGCGAAGACCUCUCGGCCAAGCUGGCCCCUCUGGUGCAGUUCUAUACCGUGGACUUGGUCUUUGCCAUGGUUGUCUCGCCGCCGGUGACCGCCUCCCCGGUGCUGGAUCAGCACAAUGUGGUGGUGGCGCCGUCCGUCUCCCCGAGCAACUCGCCCACCACGCCGUUCGCCUCGCCGGUGAGCACCCCGCCAGUUGAGCCGGCCGCCCCGAUGCCCGCGGCCGAGCCCCCCUUGGUCGGUGCGUCGGGCCCCGAGUCGGCCACCCCGCAGCCUCUCUUUGGAGCCCCGCCCUCGGUGGCCUUCCUGUCCAUGUAUUGGAUCGACCCGUCGCCGCACAUCACCCGUGCUUGCCAGGCCAUCCUGCGGUCCACGGUGACCGCUCUGUCGGACUCGGCCUGGCUCCGGCUGCUGGAAUAUUGGCUCGGCCGGCUGAGGAGCUUCUCGGCCCUGCUGUCCUUCCAGCUACACCGGGUGGCCGAGCAGCAGCAGCAGCAGGCCAGCACCACCGGCGGGUCCGGGUCUGGCUCCGGGUCCGGGCCCGGGUCCGGGCCCGGGUCUGGCAGUGGGCUCGGCGCCGGGGGCCCCGGGGGCCCCGGGCCCGGCUCCGGGGGGCGUCUGGACGGCGCACCUGGCCCCGGGUCCGGCUCCGGUGCGCACUCCUCCGGGGCUGGAUCGGGCUCCGGUCGGCACGCCCCCCCGGCCUAUGGCCAGCUAUUGGGCGAGUGCCUGGCACUGGAUCCCAUCCCGGCCAUCGUGGUGGCCGUCCUGCUGACCCAGCGCCCGGUGUCCAGCAAUCUCCGGCAGCUGACCCUGCUGGAGUCCCCGGGCCGGCCAAACACCAUCAUGGUUGCAUGGCAAAUGUGCGCCCUGGCCCUCUUCUCGCUGUUGCAGCUGCCCUUCGGCCCGGGGGUCCCUCCCUCCGAGCCGGCCUUCAACUCCAUCUCCAUGGCCCGCGCGCGCAUGGCCGCCGUGGAUUUGCUCGGCCGCUACUGGCUGGCCAGCACCCCUCGUCUGAAUUUGCCGAAUGAGCCGGCCCCGGAAACCCGCACCGGUGGCUUCUCCGCCUUCCUGGACUUGCGGUCUGUGGUUCGGCUUUUCAUCGGGAUCGCCUUCCCGGCCAAUGUGCCGCUGUCCGGCGGGCCCGGGUCGACGUCGGCGGUGCGAUCCUCCUCCGGCACGUUGGCCGGCUCCGGUGGCCCGCGGGCCGCCGGGCCUCGGGGCCCUGGCGGCCCGGCCCCCUCUUCCAGCAGCCCCUCCCUGGCGGCAGGGGCCGGCGGCGAUGUGGGGCCCAAUGCGCCGGGGUCCGCCACGACCCCCGGCCGGACGCCCUCGCCCCUCCGCAACCCGGAGCUCAUCUUCACCCAAAAUGCCCGGUCUUCUUCGCUGCCCACAUUGGCUCGAUCAAGCCUCCUGCUGCUGGCCGAGCAGGCCCCUCUGGAGCUGCUGCAAAUCAUCACGGACUUCUUCUCGCCGCAAGCGUCCAUGGGUGAGAUGGCCUGCGCCAUCAAGUUGAUUCUCUACCUCACGCGCCGGUGCGAGCAUCUGCCGGCCUUGUCGCGCGCCCUGCACGCCUUCGCCGGGUUCCUGGUCAGCCUGGUCAUCGCCCGUGUCCUGGAUGCCAAGCGCGAGCAUCCGCAGCAGCUGACCACCCUGGCGCAGUAUGCCCUGCUGUCCCUGCAGGCGACUGUCCCGUCGGUGCUGCUGUUCUCGCGCAACUCGCGCAUCGUCUGCCCGGUUGUCAUUGUUUCCCCGCUGGCGGGUGGCCCGCCGCUGACCGGUGGUUCGGGCCCCGGUGGCGGUGCCGCUGCUGCCAUGGGGUCCGGUGGCGCUGGUGCGGCCCUCCCGGCCGGCGGGGCCAAUGCCGGCCCCGGUGGCGAUGCGCCCUCUCGCCAGGAGCGCUCUUGGCUGGCCAUUUACGACCUGCUCACCGCGGCCCGAGUGUCGGUCUUUGACCUGGGCAUCAUCGGCCAGGAAUGCGGGCCGGUUUGCGGGCUGACCAUCUCCCCGGACAAUCACUGGCUGGUGGCUGUCAUGUUCCCGAGCACAUACUCCUCGCGGCGGGUCCAUCUGCAGCCGGGUGCCGAUGCGGCGGCCGCAGCGGCCGGCGACCCGCGCUCGGCCGCCUCCCUGGCCGAUAUGACGCCCAUCCCGCUGGAGGGCGCCUUCCGUGUGUGGCCUCUCAGCCAGCAGGCCAUCGGCCCGCUGUCGGUCAUGGCCAACCGCGGCUCAGCCCAGCCGAAUAUCGGCACCCCGCUGCCGCCCGUCCCGACGGUCAGCGGCUCGACCGGGGGCUCCUCCUCCGGGUCCUCCUCCGGCUCCAUGACCGCCGUUCCGGCCAUCAAGACCGGCCGCAUGCCCUGGCGCUUCGAGCAGGACCUCAUUCACUAUGCCUUGCGGAACAUCCGCUUCGAGUGGCAGGCCUCCGCGCCCACCGGCUCGCAGGCUUACCCUCGCAUGCGCUCCCUCUUCGGUCGGUUGAUGGUGCAUUUCGCCCCUCGGGGCGUUGACGGCCCGCCGCCCUUCGAGAUCGUUUGCGAUUCCUUCCUGCACAACUGAGGACAAUCCUGGCCACCAGUCUGCCUGUGUGUGUGUGUGUAUGAACUCCUCUCCGGAUACGUGCACACACACACACGCGCAGACACGCACAUACGCGCACCAGCACGAACACCUCCCCCCUCCGUCAGGAGCUUGGACGAGGCUGGACCUUCCUUCCUCCCUUUUCCUGGCCCUCCCCUUCACCACACGCCCUUGUACACCCGGCGUCCCCGCCCCACGCCGCCAA